UUGGACGAUCAGUUGGACGAUCAGUUGGUCGACCAGUUGGACGAGCAGUUGGACGAUCAGUUGGACGACCAGUUGGACGAUCAGUUGGUCGAUCAGUUGGUCGACCAGUUGGACGAUCAGUUGGACGAUCAGUUGGUCGACCAGUUGGACGAUCAGUUGGUCGAUCAGUUGGUCGAUCAGUUGGUCGAUCAGUUGGUCGAUCAGUUGGACGAUCAGUUGGACGAUCAGUUGCACGAUCAGUUGGUCGAUCAGUUGGUCGACCAGUUGGACGAUCAGUUGGACGACCAGUUGGACGAUCAGUUGGUCGAUCAGUUGGUUGACCAGUUGGACGAUCAGUUGGACGAUCAGUUGGUUGACCAGUUGGACGAUCAGUUGGUCGAUCAGUUGGUCGAUCAGUUGGACGAUCAGUUGGACGAUCAGUUGGACGAUCAGUUGGACGAUCAGUUGGUCGAUCAGUUGAUUGAUUGA